GCAGUUCCUAUCUGUUCCACUUCAUUGAAAGCUAGUCCCACUUGAGCUUUCUUUCCACAAAUCUCUCUUGCAUAUCUUCAAUGAAAACCUGAGUGUCACCAACUCAACCUUUCAGUUUCAUCUUUCACACACACUUAAAAAUCCACUUCUUCUAAUCCAAACCACCAUACACCCUCAUAUUGAAACUCUCUCUUCUGUUGCUUACUCAACCAAUCUUCAGAGUAAUUCAGUCUUUGAAUUUGUUGAGUCCUUUUUUGUGAUUCAAGGCCACACUUAAAAUCCCAACUGUAUAUCCAUUGUGUGUGUUUUAUGUCUCAUCAAUGAUAUCUCCAAGUUCUGAAUUCCCACAUCUGUGUUUGUUUUCAAGAUGCAUUUUAGUUAUUCUGAUUUGGAUUCUGCAUAGCUUCUUUUAUUGGAUUGUGUGUGUUUUCAAUAAGGAUCAAGCUCAUCUUAUAUGGGUAUGUGUUGAGUUUGUGAAGAGGAUGAUGCAGGGGAUGAAGAUCCAAUAUUCCAAUGUCAUUCUUUGUUGUUUUUGUUUUUACUGAGAAACUGUGGCAAUUGGAUUAUGAGGAUUUGAGUGCAGGAGAAGAAAAUUCAUUUUGAAGAAAGGGGUGGUGAUAAAUGUGAGUCUAGAUUUGUGUCAAACAUUCAAAGAAUUCCAGUCCUGUGCUAAUUUCUGUUAAUAUAGAAUCUGUGUUCAAGUUGAGAACUUGAAAAUUCAAGGGUAUGGAAGGAUUUUUUUUUUUUUUUUUGGCAGAGAAUGCACAUUAAGAUGGAUCGGAGUACACUGUUUCCUAUUUGAUCUUUUUUACAUUUGUCCUUAACGAUACUUUCAUUUCAGAGGAUGGCUUUCUUAAGAAGAAAUAUCAAAAUUACAGCAUAGGGGUGAUCUGGAAUUUUGUGUAAAAACUAUAAUCUGAAUCACAAUGGAAUCUGAUAAUGGAGUUGUUAUGGAGGAUGAGAAACAUGUCAUUGGGGAAACAACUAAAGAGAACAUAAACAAAGAAGCUGAAAACGGUUGCAAUGCUGAAAUUCAGACCAAGAGUGAAGUAUCUGAACCUAUUGUAAAAGUUGAAGGGCCUAAAUCUGCAGCAAGUAAAAACUCAAAACUUGCCAAGCAACCUGGUGGCAAAGGUGGUGUUGCUUCAAAGAACAACAAAUCUGCCACCAAAGAGAAACCCAAUUUGAAGUCCACAACAUCAUCUCAAACACACAGGCCAAACCUUUCCAAGAGCCUUUCUUUCCCUGCCAAAUCAGCUGGUGGAGAAGGCAUGAAGAAAAGCAUUAAUGGCACUCUUGUGAAGACAGAAACUAAAAAUGUUAAUGGGGCUAGAGCCGAGGCUUCGAUUCGUCGUUCAAGCAGGCUGACAAACUCUGAAGUUAACUCAAAGGAGACAAAAACAAACACCGGAAAUUCUAACCAAAGGACUUCUUUGACAUCCAUGACUAGCCUUAAAAGCUCUGAGUCUGGAAUGUCUACUCCGGCAAAUGCGGUUACCAAGAGCCUUACAUCUGAGGCAUCUUUACCUGCAGAUCAGAAUUCCACCCCAGCAAAAUCUGAAAAGCCAAAUAAAGAGGAUGAUGAUGCUAUUUCUACAACUUCAAGUCAUACUCCUCGUAGGAGGAGCAGUGGUUCUGGAUUUUCCUUCAGAUUGGAAGAACGAGCAGAAAAGAGGAAGGAGUUCUUCUCAAAGUUAGAAGAGAAAAUUCAGGAAAAGGAAGCAGAGAAAACUAACCAGCAAGAGAAAUCAAAGGAAAACCAGGAGGCAGAAAUCAAGCAAUUGAGGAAGACUAUGACAUUCAAAGCCACUCCAAUGCCAAGUUUCUAUAAGGAACCUCCUCCAAAAAUUGAAUUGAAAAAGAUACCAACAACGCGCCCGAAAUCUCCAAAGCUUGGAAGACACAAAGGAUCUGCUGUGAAUAACUCAGAAGAAAAAUCUUGUUCUAGCCCACAUGGAAAGCAACAACAGAAUGAUACAAUCAAGGCAAAGAUAAAGGGAAACAAAGAAGUGAUUUCAAAGAAACCAAUCAGAAAAACUCAACCCAAGCCGCAGUCUCAGGAAACUGCAAUCAGAAAAACUGAAAAGGAUUCUGUGAGUACUGCUAAAAUCAGCCAAGAUGCAAAAGCAGAUACAGGAAACAAUGAAGAGUGCCAUGAUCCACCGGUUAACAAUUCUGAAUACCAAAAUGAGAUGAAGUUAGAGUCCAAAGAUGAUCUUGCUCAAAAUGGUGCACUGGUCUUGAAUUCAUCCACACCAGAGAUCAUAUCAUAUGAGGUUACUGUUGGAGUGUAAAUUCAUAUAUAGCCCGAGAGUAUUUAUAUAAACAUAGGACUCCAUGUUACCAGUUAUUUCAUUAUUGUUGUGAAUAUAGAGGUUGCUUCAUGUUCAUCAUAAUCUUGUAUUGCAUUUAAACAUAGGUUGCUUGUUAUAUUGAACUCUUGCCGUUUGUAACGAAUAUUUUCUUAAUUCAUUAUUUAGCAAACUGUCCAUUUGUUUA